AUGCCUCCCAAGAAGAAUGCGGAAGCUGGGCCAUCCAAGCCCGCCAAAGCGACCACGUCCAAAGCGACUGGACGUGGUCGCGCAAAGAAAACCGACGCCGAGCCUGCCACCAAGACCACCAAGGCUGCGGUAAAGAAGGUCACCAAGGUGACUAAAAAAGAAACCACCGAGGCGAGCACUUCCGCCGCCAAGCCGAAGAAGCAGCCCGCCGCAAAGUCCACUGCGUCCAAGGGCAAAGCCGCCGCAACCACCAAGGCUAAGACCACUACUGCCACCAAGCCGACCCCCGCGUCAAAGAAGCGCAAGGCCGACGAUGAUGACGAGGAGGAGGCCAAGGAGGAUAAGCCUCGGGAGCCCAAGAAGCCUCGCGUCGUUCGUGAGCCCAAGCCCAAGGUCGUCAAGACCAAGCCCGCUCCCCCCAAGGUUGUCAUCAACGACGUCCCCAAGACGCGUCUGAAUGUCUUUGUCUGCGGUGAGGGUAGCUCUGGAGAGCUCGGUCUGGGUGCUGCGAAGAACGCGAUUGAUGUGAAGCGGCCCCGACUCAACAAGCUCCUGGAUGCCCAGGAAGUGGGUGUGGUUCAGAUCGCCGUGGGUGGCAUGCACUGCUUGGCGCUCACACACGACAACAAGAUCUUGACCUGGGGUGUCAACGAUCAGGGCGCGUUGGGCCGUGAUACCGCCUGGGAUGGCGGUUACAAAGAGAUCAAGGAGGAUGCAGAGAGCGGGUCUGACUCGGAUGACUCGGACGACGACAGUGGGCUCAACCCCAAGGAGUCCACUCCCACCCCCAUUCUCUCAAGCGCGUUCCCCGAAGGAACUGUCUUUGUUGCCGUCGCCGCCGCGGAUAGCGCGAGCUUUGCUUUGACCGAUGACGGUCUAGUCUACGGCUGGGGAACCUUCCGAAGCAACGACGGAGUGCUGGGCUUCGAUCCAGAGCACCGUAUCCAGACCACUCCGAUCCUGAUCCCUGGCUUGAAGAAGAUCAAGCAACUCGCCUGCGGUGCCAACCACGUUCUCGCUCUCAACGAUCGUGGUAGCGUUUUGUCCUGGGGUUCGGGCCAGCAAAACCAGCUGGGUCGUCGCAUUGUCGAGCGCAACAAGCUUCACGGCCUCGAGCCCCGCGAGUUUGGCCUGCGCAAGGAUAUCGUCUCCAUCGGCUCAGGCUCCUACCACUCCUUCGCCAUCCACGCCAACGACACGGUCUACGCCUGGGGCCUGAACAGCUUCGGCGCAACGGCUAUUCGCGACAACGCCGGUGAGGAUGAGGCCGUCAUCACCCGCCCCACACGGGUCGAGUCCCUCUCCAACCGAAAGAUCACGCAAAUCUGCGGCGGUGCCCAUCACUCCAUCGCUCGCACCGCGGAUGGCGAGUGCCUGGUCUGGGGACGCGCUGAUGGCCAUCAAAGUGGCAUCAAGCUCGACGCUCUUUCCGAUGACUCUGUCAUCAAGGAUGACCGCGAACGACCACGCAUCUUGAUCGAGCCGACCCAAGUUCCCGGCAUCAAUGCCGUCGUUGUCGCCGCUGCCUCCGAUCACUCUCUGGCCAUCGACGCGAAUGGUCGUGCCUGGUCCUGGGGCUUCUCGGCCACCUACCAGACCGGACAAGGUACUUCCGAUGACAUCGAGGUCGCCACCAUGAUCGAUAACACCGCCACCCGUGAUCGCAAGCUGAAUUGGGCUGGUGCCGGCGGUCAAUUCUCCGUUUUUACCGAUGCCGCCUGA